AUGAUUGAUGUUUUCAGCAUGAUGGAGAGGUUUGCCGAUGCUGAAGCUAUUUACCUUGAACUGAAGGCUUCAGCUUCUGUACUUGAUAUGAUUGCUUACAGUGUCAUUGUGAGGAUGUACAUUAAAGCACAGCGACUAGAGGAUGCUUGUUCAAUUUUGACAGAAAUGGAGAAACAAAAAGAAAUAAUUCCUGAUAAAUACCUUUUUCUUGACAUGCUUCGGACUUACCAAAAAUGUGGUCUUCUCGAGAAGUUGGCUGAUACAUAUUACUGGAUACGUAAGAGUCAAGUUGAAUGUGAUGAAGGCAUGUAUAACUGCAUUAUUAAUUGCUGUGGGCGGGCCAUACCUGUUGAUGAGCUGUCCAGAAUUUUUGAUGAAAUGAUUCAACAGGGACACUUAGCAAAUACUGUUACCCUCAAUGUAUUGCUAGAUAUAUAUGGAAAAGCUGGGCUUUUUAACAGGGCUGAAAAGGUCUUUAUCAUGGCUCGCAAGCAGGGCCUGGCAGAUAUCAUAUCAUACAAUACCAUUAUUGCUGCAUAUGCAAAAGGCGGCAAUUUUCUUAGUAUGAAUUAUUUUGUCCAAAUGAUGCAGGAUGCAGGGUUUCCUGUUUCUCCUGAGGCGUACAAUUGCAUGCUGGAUGCUUAUGGAAAGGCAGGGCGAUUGGAAGAGUUUGCUUCUGUUUUGCAGAAAAUGAAGAGAGCAAAAUGCAAGUUUGAUCACUACACUUACAAUAUAAUGAUCAAUAUUUAUGGGAGAAGGGGUUGGAUAGAAGAUGUUUCGAAUGUUCUUGCAGAGCUAAAGGACCGAGGUGUGGAGCCAGAUUUGUACAGUUACAAUACCUUGAUAAAAGCAUAUGGGAUAGCAAGAAUGCCUGAGGAUGCUGUCAAACUGAUGCAAGAGAUGAGGAUUAAAGGCAUCAGUCCUGAUCGGGUGACAUAUGCUAACCUCAUUAAUGCCCUACAAAGGAAUGAAAAUUUCCUAGAAGCUGUUAAAUGGUCUCUCUGGAUGAAGCAAACAGGAGUGGUAGGGUGUGGAGCUCGAGCCUGA